CGAAGCUAACAGCAAAACACAGCAGGCGUAAUUAAAUGUGACAUAUUUUUGCCGAGAUAAUGAAGUGGAUUUUAGUCGCAAUUUUCGCCGUAUCCCUGGUCCAAUCCCACGCCAGUGAACUUUCCCCGGAACACGGCAUACUGGCACUGACACCGGAUACCUUUGAAUCAGCUUUGCAGCGAUAUCCAUUUCUGAUGGUGGAAUUUUACGCUCCCUGGUGCAAACACUGUCAAGCUCUAGCACCGAAAUAUGCCAACGCAGCAAAGCAACUGGCAGCUACAAGCUCACCCAUAAAACUGGCUGUAAUCGAUGCUUACCGAUAUUCGGACUUCGUAAGGCCCUACGGUGUGCUUGGCUAUCCAACGCUUAGGUUUUUUCGGCACGGGAUUCCCACGGAGUACAAAGGUCAGCAUACAGAAACCGCUCUCGUGGAAUGGUUGCUGCAGCAAGUUCCUGUGACUGAAUCGCAAAACAGUCCAGAUGACCCGUUUCCACGUUUAACGCGAAGAAACUUUAAUUCGACUCUAAGAGAUAAUCCGUUGGUCGCUGUUGAGUUCUAUUCGCCUCACUGUCCUCACUGUAAAACUCUUGCUCCAAUUUUCCUGGACGUUGCAAAAGAAUUAGCCCUUAGAAAUCCAAACGUCUCAUUCGCCAAAGUGGACAUCACCAAAGAACAGGAACUGGCUCAACAUCAAGCUGUUAUAAAUUAUCCUGUGAUUAGGUUAUACCGUAACAGAAAGCCACUGACGUACGAAGGUUCGCAGGAUCAAAACUCCAUCGUCACUUGGUUGCUCUCUCAUGCCGAACAACCCAUAGCUCGAGUUGGAAAACGAGAACCACGUGCCGCUCUACGACAGGAUGAAGAAACUAAUAGCACAUGUCAACGAAUGCCAUCCAUUUUGAUCAACCUUUUACUGCUGGUGUUUAUUUCGGCUGUUCUCUCCCAAGCUUAGAGGUGAAAGCAUUCAAUUCGCAAAUAAAAUUCAUUGCAAUACGAAAACCGGUUUAAAAUUAAUGGAAUGGAAAAAUAUCAAGUUCGACCAAACCUCUAAUAAUCAAAUGUUGAUUUUGCGCCCACACAGCUGCUGGGGUGAAAUUUCAUCAAAACAUUUGCGUGCGUGCGGACCGAUCCGAACAACAGUUGACUGCCGGCCGACGAUCCUAAUCGAUAUGUGCGUCCCCGCGCGCAAACAAAGCACUUUGUCCUGAAUAAACAGCCCAACUUUGGCCGGUGACCGACGAGUGACCAUACGGGACGACACGAUAAAAGCGACUUGGUGAACACAAAUACACACACACGUAUGCUUGCGUUGGAAAAUUUAGGCAAAUUGUCGGUCACUUGUCGAUUGACUGUUAGUAAAACGUUAUAGCGGGAGGUGUGCGAAGGGUGGGUGAAAGCCAACAUAAACAUGUGAAGGAAUCAAUCUAAUUAUUCGUGUAAAUUUUAUUUAAUUUAUUAAA